GGCCGUACGUCACUGAGGUGCGACUGGUUUGCCGACCGCGCCGCUGCCGCCUAGUGGGUUUAGCUAAGCAGCGGCCAAGGCGGCGUCCCUGGCGCGGGGAGAGCGAUGCCUUGAACAGGAAACUAUGUGAAGCAGAACUCUUUCUGAAUUCUGAAAGACAUCAUUUCACCAUGGGACAGCAAAUUUCGGAUCAGACACAGUUGGUUAUUAACAAGUUACCAGAAAAAGUAGCAAAGCAUGUCACCUUGGUUCGAGAAAGUGGCUCCUUAACUUAUGAAGAAUUUCUUGGGCGAGUAGCUGAACUCAAUGAUGUAACUGCUAAGGUAGCUGCUGGUCAAGAAAAACACCUUCUCUUUGAGGUACAACCUGGGUCCGAUUCCUCUGCCUUUUGGAAAGUGGUCGUACGGGUGGUUUGUACCAAGAUUAACAAAAGCAGCGGCAUUGUGGAAGCAUCACGGAUCAUGAAUUUAUACCAGUUUAUUCAGCUGUAUAAAGACAUCAUGAGUCAAGCCGCUGGGGUGUUGGCUCAGAGUGCCACCUCUGAAGAGCCUGAUGGGAACCCAUCCUCUGUAACAUCUUGUCAGGCUAGUCUCUGGAUGGGCAGGGUGAAGCAGCUGACUGAUGAGGAGGAGUGUUGUAUCUGCAUGGACGGGCGAGCUGACCUCAUCCUGCCCUGUGCUCACAGCUUCUGUCAGAAGUGUAUUGAUAAAUGGAGUGAUCGCCACAGGAACUGCCCCAUUUGUCGCCUACAGAUGACUGGAGCAAAUGAAUCGUGGGUGGUGUCAGAUGCACCCACUGAAGAUGACAUGGCUAACUAUAUUCUUAACAUGGCUGAUGAGGCAGGCCAGCCCCACAGGCCGUGAUUUGGAGGAAGACUUCCUGUUGUUAUUCCGAACUAUAAAUACACUGUUGUCAUAGAGGAGGAGGGGAGGGACGUUGUGGCACACAUAGAAAUAUCAGUUUUCCCACCUUCUUAUUUUUGCUAUUCUGAUAAUAUGUCCCGUUCUUAAAUAAACUCCCAUGUCUUCCAUGAAUGGUGGGCUACUGUUUAGCCAUACUCCAUAGCCCACCUAUUCUGUGUUGCUCUUGAGCCCUUUGCUACAGAUUGCAGCAAUACUUAACAUUACUGCUUUUCAGGGAGGGAGGGACUGUUCUGGCAUCUUAGUGGGUUUUAAUUUUAGAGUGUUGAUGGUUGUAGCCAUCUGAGAUAAGUGACUGAAACUAAUGUCUCACUCAGCUGGAACCUGAGGUGCGUGUGCUCUGCCCCCUUGUGGUUCAUUCUGGAUCCUUCAGUACUGUGGCCCAAUUGCUUCCUGAUUUUAUAUGUCACUUUCGGCCUUGGGUUCUGGAACGACUCUUCAUGUUGCCACGAUGCAGCACACAGAUUAGGACUCUCUGGUUGGGACUCUGUCUUGGAAAUGGACUAUACUGGAGGAAUCCUCAUGGCUGUUUUAGAAAUGCAUCUCUGGACCGGAAUAGGUGCCCAUUGGGUUUUUUAUAAUGCCCAUGUAGCUUGAGUUUUCAGAAGGAAUUUUUUCUUUAUAGAAACACACGUUUUAUAUUUCUAGGUUACACCGAGUCAUCCGAUCCUGAGCUAGACUGCAUUUAUUUUAGGUAAAGAUACCUUUCUGAUACCUCAAAUUUCUCAGAUUAAAAGAAGAGGAAGAUCAGGUAAAUCUCUUCACCAUGCAGUUGUAAAACUCCAAAAUCCAGACCUCAGUUGGCUUUCUUCCCAUUUCUCUGCAGUAUUCAAGCUUCUGGAGAGAACAGUAACAGGAGGGCAGCCUUAGCGACCUCGGCAGUGGCUUGUGGAGGAAGAAUGAUAAUGCUAACAGUUCAGCCUAUAAAAAGCUAGUGCAUGAAAUAAGUCCCCUUUAAGAAAUUUUAGCAUUCCAUAGAAAUCUUCUCACUGAUUUUUGGCAAGUUGCAAAUGUUCCUGUUUUCCCAAGUAUAGAUGUAUACAAUUGAAGUUACUGCUUAUUGAUUUUUGAUUCAGAUUUUAAUGAACAUUCAAAUAAAAUCCCUUUCACAGAAAAAGAUCUGACUUGAUUCAGAUUUUAAUGAACAUUCAAAUAAAAUCCCUUUCAAAGAAAAAGAUCUGACUUGAUUCAGAUUUUAAUGAACAUUCAAAUAAAAUCCCUUUCAAAGAAAAAGGUCUGACUUGAUUCUGCACCCCAAACACUGAAGAUGUCAGUAGUCCACUCACUGUAAUGACAGCACAGUGACAUACAUACCAAAUGGCUAAGUAGUCCUGCACAGUGCUGUUGUCUGUCAUACCUUAGCUGUGAUGGUUUCAUGACCUUGAGAAAGCCGUACUCUGCUGUAGGUUCCUAUGGAGGAACUGAGAUUGCAUUUGUGGUUUUCAAAUAUUAGCAUUUCAGGUAAAUUUUGAGAGUCUGUUCACACUGAGUACAUACACACAUGCUACCCCAUUAUAGACAAGCUACAUUUUAUUAAUAGAGGUUUUCUUAUAUAAACUUAAACUGUGUGAUCACUUUUAAGUAUAUGAAAAUGUGAAAAUGCAUUGGUGAUACAGUUUCAUUAGAAUUUGUGAAUGAAAAACUUCUGUUUUGUAAAAAUAAUAAUUCAGGGCUAGAGGUGUAACUCAGUUGGUAGAGUGCUUGCCUAGUGCAUAUGAAGGCUGGGUACCAUCCAGCACUGCAUAAAAACUGCUGCUGGUGCACCCUACUACCCCAGCACUUGAGAGGAAGAAGCAGGAAGACCAGAAGUUCCAGGUCAUCCUCUACCACAUAGUUCAAGAAUAGCCUGGGCUACACUGAAACAUUGUUUCAAAAACAAAUGGGGGUGAUCAGGCUGGAGAGAGAACUCAAUGGUAAGAACACUAGCUGUUCGUGCAGAAGCCCAGAGUUUAAUUCCGGGCAUCCCCAUUAGUGGUUCACAACCACCUGUAUCUCCAGCUCUAGGGGGUCCAACACCCUCUUCUGACCUCUAGAACACCCACAUGCAUGUUACACACAGAGAGACGCACACUAACAAAAACAAAUCUUUAAAACAUUUUAAAAUGCAUAUUUGCAGAUGAUUCAAGCUCCUCUAUUGAUUCUCAAGUGAUCCAUAGAACACAUUCUUUAAACCUUGGGAUAAGUGAUUUCUGGGGUGUUGUCUAGCGCUAAAAUUGACCUUUUGGAUUCAGACUUGCUGGGUUUAAUUCAAAUUGUCUAAUUUCAAAGUGUUUCUGAAGUGAAAUGCAUAGUUUAGGGGUUGGGGGUAUUUCUAGCAAUAGCCAAUACUUCUGUUCCCCAGAAUCCUUCACUUUUGAAAGAACUGAAAGAAAGUGAGUCCAGUGACUUGCUACUGCCCACUGCCCUUUACUUAAAGUGUGAACUCUGAGAUGCUAACUGGUCUACUGUGAAGUGUCAGUGUCUCCAACUGCCUUACCAAGUAGUGAGCAGAGUUCUCUAUGCAUUCCAUUGAACUGGGUGGUGACUCUUCAGAUGUCAAUAGUAGGUAGAGUUCACCAUAGGAGCUAAUCAUAAAAGUUGUACAUUUGUCUCAUGAGUAAAAUGUAUACUUUUUCUAUUCUGUACAGCUUUGUCUUUUUAAAAUAACUACAUAAAUACAAUUACCAUGGUAGGAAAUUGUGUGCCUUCAGAGAUGUGUGAACUGCCUCCUGCUUUAAGGAAUUGUUGUAAAUCGUAUGUUAGUGCUGUGCUCACUCAGUAACAGUGAGUUAACUUGGAUGCUGUAGACAUGGGGUUUCAGAAAGAGUUUGUACCGAAGUAAAGGCUGAGAACAGCAAAGCCUGUUUUAUUCUUAGGAGAAACUGAUACACUGUGCAAUAAGUAAACUUUGCAAGUGAAAAUUAGCUAACUAAAAAGACUUUUGCUUAUGUAAUUUCACAUUCUUAUAUACUAAAUAUAUUUAUUAGAGGACUGUUUUAUAUUGUGCUCUGGGGGGGUCGUGGUAUUUCUGUGCUGUUUUGAGGUGAUUUUCUUGUAUUAAUGUACAACUGGGUAAUAAGGCUGCUUGGAAACCUUUGGUUCCCUGAUUUUUUAACACUGGGAAGUUGGGUUCAUUAAAAGAUAGUCUGAAUAACUUGCA